AUGUCUGCUUUAUCGGGAUCGUCGACGGAGUCGAUCCGCUAUUCGCAUGAUCCAGUCACGGGUUCCGCUUUGAUCAUCCUCAAUCGUCCUGGAAGUCUGAACGCUAUUAAUGCAGCUUUACUGUCGUCACUCGUCUCUCAUUUAGAGAAAGCCGCCAAGGUGAAAGUAUGCAUUAUAACAGGGUCAGGAACCUCCUUUUGUUCAGGUGAAGACCUUAAAGAAACGCUGGCUCCUCAAUCGUCCGGCAGAGAUCCCGAAGAGCUUAGAGUAGCUUUUGAGCAGCUUCAAAGCAUCACCCGCUUGAUGACGAGCGCGGAUACGAUCUUCAUUGCCGCUGUAAAUGGUUGGGCAAUAGGAGGGGGAGCUGAAAUCGCACUCGCCGCGGACAUAGUCAUUGCCUCUCCAGAUGCCGAAUUCAGGUUCCCUGAGAUCAACCAUGGUCAUGCACCUACAGGAGGCGUUACGGGAAGGCUCCCUCAACUAAUUGGUUUUCAACAAGCCAAGCGUUUGAUGCUUCUCGGACAUGUCGUGCCCUCUACCGAAGCCCUGGCGAUGAAUAUGGUGACAGAGAUUGCAGAGGACCCGCUAUCACGUUCAUAUGAACUGGCUGCGCAACUAAUGUCCAAAUCUGCUCGCAGCCUAGCAGCUGUCAAGGUCGGGCUGGAACAGGCGACAUUCCCUAAUGCCGAAGCUGUCUUGGAAUAUGAGAUGAAGGCCGCAAGUCAAGCAUUUGCAGACGAAUCGGCAACGAAGGCUUUCGAGCACUUUAGGCUCCGCAAGUCUCCUCGUAAAUAUGGUACCUUUGAUGGCCCCUGGUCCACCUUGCCGGUUUUACUGAAAGAAGCCGCGACGUCCUUUCCGACCAAGACGUUCUUGCGCUUUGGGGACUCUGACUUUACCUAUUUCAAGUUCUAUGAAAGUGUUCUGUGCCUUGCUUUUGGUCUUCGUAAGGCCGGGAUACUCGAGGGGGACGUCGUAGCUGCUAUUAUGCUGAACAGUGAGGAGAUGGUUCGGUUGUGGUUUGCGACCAUGACUGUUGGUGCGAUCUGGGCGCCUUUACAUACAGAGUUCAGAGGUCUUACUUUGCGUCGUGCUCUAGAGCUAGUAGCUCCCAAGAUCAUGAUCGUCGAUGACACUUUCCUGUCUAUAUUGCCUACCGAAGUGAAAUUGAACUUGUUCGUCAAAGGCACAAUGGCGUCUCAGUACAAGCACUGGACCGCCCUGAUUGGGGACCACCCACUUUAUCCCGUCCCUCAAUCUCCCUCGUCUACGACUUCCUUAUUGUUCACUUCAGGAACGACCGGGCCUUCCAAGGCCUGCGAGCUGAAUCACCAAUACUUCAUUUCUGCAGGUCGAGCUCUCAUCAAUUCACUCCACCUCCGACAAUCAGAUGUUCUCUUUUGCCCAUUCCCACUUUGUCACGCAGAUGCAUCGUCGCUGACUGUCAUCCCUGCAUUGUUGCUCGGAGCGACUGCUGCGAUUUCAACUCGUUUUUCUGCUAGUACGUGGUGGGAUGAAAUUCGUCAGACGAAAGCAACAGUUGCGGACUUCAUGGGUGCUACAUUAAGCAUCCUCUACAAAGCUCCGGAAAGACUAUUGGAUCGGGAUAAUACGCUUCGCUUGAUGUGGGGUGUCCCUGUGCCGGUUUGGGUGGAUGAAUUUGAGAGGCGAUUUAAUCUGAAAGUGUACGAAGUCUACGGUUCUACGGAGACAGGGAUACCUGUCGUUCAACCAAUCGAUCGUCCAAGAGUGAAGGGUUCUUGCGGCGUAGCUCUCCCGGAGGUCAACCUCAAAAUCCUCCAGGCUGACGGUUCUGAGGCUGAGCAAGGCGUUGUAGGCGAACUUAUCGUACGUCAGCCGAAGACAUCACGGUUCUCUAGAUAUUACAGGAAUCUGGAGGGCACUGCGAGCUCUCUUCGUGAUGGGUGGCUUUAUACCGGAGAUUAUUGUCAUCUAGACCAUGAGGGGAAUCUAUACUUUGUUGGACGGAAGAAACAAGUUAUCAGGAGGAGGGGGGAGAACAUCUCAGCAUUUGAAGUCGAGGAAGCCCUCCUUCUCCACCCAGACAUCCUCGAAUGUGCAGCGUACGGAGUCCCCGCUCCUGAACUCACAGAAGAGGAUCUUGUCGUGUCCAUCGUUAAGAGGCCAGGCGGCGACUUGACAGAAGAAGCGGUACACGCUUUCGCUGUCAAUUCUUUGGCAAAAUUCCAAGUUCCUAGAUACAUUGGCUUCUGUGACGCCUUGCCACGGACUGGCACCGGGAAGUUGGAGGUAUUCAAGCUUCAGGAAGCGUGGUCGCGUCGGGAUCGAUCCAAAUUCAAAGAUUUCGAGGGUCACAAGAAAGCACGGUUAUAA